CACGGGGAGAGAGACCGAUGGAGAAAGUGAAAGAAUCCUGAGGAGAAAACACGGGGAAACCGAGAGAGAAGCGUACAGCCGUGAUAGAGGGAGAGGAAGAGGAGGAGAAAGAGAGAGAGAGAGAGAGAGAGAGGAGGAGUGGAUGGUAGAGAGCCGGAGACACAGCGCGCGGGAGGGAGAAAGAUGGCCUCGGUCACGGCGGAGAAUGGCUUCAGCACCGCGGACAGCUCCGGUAGAAUGAACGGACUCAACAGCGCGAUUCCGAUGAAAGAUCACGACGCCAUCAAGCUCUUCAUCGGUCAGAUCCCGCGCAACCUGGACGAGAAAGACCUCAAGCCUCUGUUCGAGGAGUUCGGGAAGAUCUACGAACUCACGGUGCUCAAGGACCGGUUCACCGGGAUGCAUAAAGGAUGUGCCUUUCUAACGUACUGUGCCAGAGAGUCAGCGCUGAAGGCCCAGAGCGCUCUCCACGAACAAAAGACUCUACCCGGGAUGAACCGGCCCAUCCAGGUGAAACCGGCCGACAGUGAAGGACGAGGAGAAGACCGGAAGCUGUUUGUGGGCAUGCUGGGGAAGCAGCAGAGUGAAGAAGAUGUGCGACGGCUGUUCGAGUCGUUCGGUCAGAUAGAGGAGUGCACCGUGCUGCGGGGGCCUGAUGGGGCCAGUAAGGGCUGUGCUUUUGUAAAGUAUUCCAGUCAUGCAGAAGCCCAGACUGCGAUUAACAGUCUCCACGGUGGACAGACGAUGCCGGGCGCGUCCUCCAGUCUGGUGGUGAAGUUUGCAGACACCGAUAAGGAGCGGACCCUGCGUCGGAUGCACCAGAUGGCCGGUCAGCUCGGCAUCUUCAGUCCCAUGACCAUCCAGUUUGGAGCGUAUGGAGCUUACACACACGCUCAGAUCAUGCAGCAGCAGCAGCAGCAGGCGGCGCUCAUGGCAGCGACGCAGGGCUCGUAUCUGAACCCCAUGGCUGCCAUCGCCGCCGCUCAGAUGCAGCAAAUGGCAGCUUUCAACGUCAACGGCCUGGUGGCUGCACCCAUGACGCCGUCUUCAGGCACCAGCACGCCACCAGGCAUUGCAGCUCCCAUCGGGGUGAACGGCUUCAGCGCUCUCCCUCCCCAAAGCAAUGGACAGCCCGCCUCCGAACCCAUCUACACCAACGGCAUCCAUCCGUACCCAGCGCAGAGCCCGACGAUGGCCGAUCCUCUCCAGCAGGCGUAUGCCGGCAUGCAGCACUAUGCAGCAGCCUAUCCUGCCGCUUACGCGCCAAUCAACCAAGCGUUUCCCCAGCAACCAGCCAUCAUCCCCCAGCAACAGCGGGAAGGACCGGAGGGCUGUAACCUGUUUAUUUACCACCUGCCGCAGGAGUUCGGCGACGCGGAGCUCAUGCAGAUGUUUCUGCCCUUUGGCAACGUCAUUUCCGCCAAAGUCUUCGUGGACCGAGCCACCAAUCAGAGCAAGUGUUUCGGUUCAGUACUGAGCGAAUCUAGUUUUACGCUGUCCUACCCUUCUGUGAGUUCUGUUGACGUUUACAUGAGCAUCUUCAGAGAUAGCAGCGAGUUUGGUCCACUAGGAGGUCGAGGGUGCAGGGAACGAGCUGUUACACACGUGUGUCGUUCAGUACUGAGCGAAUCUAGUUUUACGCUGUCCUACCCUUCUGUGAGUUCUGUUGACGUUUACAUGAGCAUCUUCAGAGAUAGCAGCGAGUUUGGUCCACUAGGAGGUCGAGGGUGCAGGGAACGAGCUGUUACACACGUGUGUCGUCAGUGUCUCAUGUCUGGCAUAUUUCACCACAAAAUAAUCAGAAAGUGA